AGUUGGUAUGAACAAACCCCUCCGUAGUUGUGUAUUUGUUGUAUUAAUCUUGUAGUCAUUCAUUCGUCUUUACCAUCUCGGCCUCCUUCACAAGCCCCAAAAGGAUGUUAAGUUGUUCAAUCCGCACAUUGCGGAGGCUAAAAUGUUGUUGUAAUAAGCGCUGGUCGUCCUUGUUCUUGGCAAAAGGUUAUUGUUUCAGUAAACCCAAAGUUGUUCCUUCAUUUUGCAACACUGACAUCAAAUUGAGUAGAUUUUAUGUCGGGGAGCGACAGAGUAGCCUCCGGCAAUGGCGAAGACGCUCUCUGUAUACCGUAACUGACACUUAUGAGGCAAUAGAGUUGGCUCUUGACUCAGUGAUCAAGAUCUUCACUGUUAGCAGUAGCCCUAACUAUUUCCUUCCAUGGCAGAAUAAGUCGCAACGCGAAACCAUGGGUUCAGGAUUCGUUAUUCCGGGAAAAAAGAUUCUCACAAACGCUCAUGUUGUGGCUGAUCAUACAUUUGUUCUUGUUAGAAAGCAUGGCUCCCCCACUAAAUAUAGAGCUGAGGUUCAAGCUGUGGGCCAUGAAUGUGACUUAGCCAUUCUUGUUGUUGAAAGCCCAGAGUUUUGGGAGGGUAUGAAUUUCUUGGAGCUUGGAGACAUCCCAUUUCUGCAGGAAGCUGUUGCUGUUGUUGGAUAUCCUCAAGGAGGUGACAACAUUUCUGUUACUAAAGGGGUUGUUUCUAGAGUUGAACCUACACAGUAUGUACAUGGUGCUACCCAGCUGAUGGCAAUACAGAUAGAUGCAGCUAUAAACCCUGGGAAUAGUGGGGGCCCCGCAAUUAUGGGGAACAAAGUUGCUGGUGUAGCUUUCCAAAACCUUUCAGGUGCAGAGAAUAUUGGCUAUAUAAUUCCUGUUCCUGUUAUAAAGCAUUUUAUAGCUGGUAUAGAGGAAAGUGGAAAAUACAUGGGAUUCUGCUCUAUGGGUCUCUCAUGUCAACCUACAGAAAAUGUUCAACUUCGUAACCACUUCAAAAUGCAACCUCAUAUGACCGGUGUACUUGUGAGCAAAAUUAAUCCUUUGUCUGAUGCGUAUGGAGUCCUAAAAAAGGAUGAUAUCAUCCUUGAAUUUGAUGGUGUGCCUAUAGCAAAUGAUGGAACCGUUCCUUUCCGGAACAGGGAACGGAUAACAUUUGAUCAUUUGGUGUCUAUGAAGAAACCCAAUGAAACUGCACUAGUCAAAGUCCUGAGAAAUGGUCAAGAGCAUGCAUUCACCAUCACCCUUCAACCUUUGCAGCCGCUGGUUCCAGUUCAUCAAUUUGAUAAACUUCCUAGUUAUUAUAUUUUUGCUGGUCUGGUUUUUGUUCCACUAACCCAGCCAUACCUACACGAGUAUGGGGAAGACUGGUAUAAUACUUCACCUCGUCGGCUCUGCGAACGUGCUCUAAGGGAGCUGCCUAAAAGAGCUGGGGAACAACUUGUAAUCUUGUCUCAGGUUUUGAUGGAUGAUAUCAACGCAGGCUAUGAGCGUCUUGCUGAAUUACAGGUCAAGAAAGUCAACGGAAUUGAAAUAAAAAAUUUGAAGCACUUGUGCCAACUUGUGGAAAAUUGUAGCAGAGAGAGCUUGAGGAUUGAUUUGGAUGAUGAUAGGGUAGUUGCAUUAAACUAUGAAUCGGCCAGAAUAGCCACUUCCCGGAUUCUUGAACGUCAUCGAAUACCAUCGCGGAUGUCCAUCGACCUUUUAAGUGAGCAGAACAGUUUGUUAAUGGAUUCAGCUGAGUAGAGACUUGACCUUAACUUAAUGAUCGGUCGAUUAUCAAAUUGAGUUGCUUGCAUCAAUUUUUGAGUGUAAUUCAUUUAUUGUCGACUCAUAUAAGUUCAAGAAUUUAGUUGCAAAACAAUGUAGGCAUAUUCAAUUUCAUUACUUAUGGAAGAAGCAGUUAUGCUAGGGUUGCAAUUUUCUUAGGAAGAAA